ACAUGGCUGCGUCCAGGGUCUUAAUUCUGCAAUGUCGACAGUUUACCUUUUACACGUGUUUAUUCUCCAUUUAAUAACACAAGUUAUAUAUACGAGCAGUUCUCUGGAAAUAUUUGGCGCUAAUCUGCUGACAGAUAAAUAUUAAUUCACCAGAAGUCUUGAAUCGCGAGCGUUUGCGCUAAGCGUUUGCGACGCUCGCUUGACGACAGUGACGACAGGUUAGAUCACAUUUGCAUUACAUACGGGAUGAAUUCUCUCUGCAGGAACGUUUCGCUGACGAGAAGCGUGCACACCGGCCGCGCGCUGUUCAAGGAAAUCCCACGAAACUUGAAAGGCAAGAAGCACAGCUCGCAGCUGUGGCUGGAGAGGCAGCUGCGCGAUCCCUACGUGGAGAAAGCGAAGCAGGAGAAGUACAGGUGCAGAAGCGCGUUCAAGCUACUGGAGAUCAAUGAGAGAUUCAAGAUCCUCAGCCCGGGUCUGACCGUCGUGGACUGUGGGGCAGCGCCCGGCAGCUGGACUCAGGUCGCUACCAAUCUGACCAACGCCAAUGGCAAGAAGGAAGGCCCUGUUGGCAGGGUGUACGCUGUUGACAAACUUCCGUUUUAUCCUGUGGAAGGUGCGACCGUUUUGGGGAACAUGGAUUUCAUGAACGCCACAACACAGGAGACUCUAAGCAAAUUAUUGCAGGGAGACAAGGUCGACAUCGUCUUGUCCGAUAUGGCUCCAAAUGCAUGUGGCAUAAGGGCGAUAGACCAUGAUUAUAUAAUACUACUCGCUUAUGCUGCUCUGAGAUUCGCGCUACAAAUCAGUAAGGCACAAAGCACGUUCGUUGUAAAAAUCUGGGACGGUGGUAAGACGCAACAGUUCGAACAGAAUUUGUUAAAGUUUUACAGUAGUGUCAAGGCAAUUAGACCUGAUGCGACGAGGGACGAAUCGACUGAGACAUUCUUCUUGGCUAGGGGGUUUAAAGGUCUUAAGACGAGCUGAUGUAAUUAAUUGGUUCAUAGGUACAAUAGAUUUGUUCGCGUUGAAAUCUCCCAAAAUUUUUACACUUAAAACAAGAUA